AUGUCCUCAACAGACAAACCGGAGUCCGGGGCAAACGCCAAAGAUAUCGAUCCCCAACCCCCGACCAGCACAUCCCCGCAGGAACAACAGACCUCAGCGCCAACAGCAGAGCUUCCAGCCAAGCCAGACCCUAUCGCCGAUACAUCCAUCCCAUCCAUCGAGCCGCUGGACCGGACUGCCGCGACCCAGACCCAGAUCCACCCCGCAACUGGCCUCGGUGGCGAAACCGAUCCCGCCCCCGUGAUACCGACAACGACCUCCACUCCUCCGCCUGCCACCGACAACGCAUCAGUCGCGCUGGCCCAAAGCAAUACACCGGCCCCAAUGGAUACAGACGAGCCCAAGACUGCGCCCGAUACGUCGGUCGAGCGCUCCGAUGACGGCUCGGGGAAGGAAGUCGAGGAGGAUGUCGGUCCGUCAUUGAUGAUUACGUUGCUGUUGACGACAGGGUCGCGGCAUCCGUUUACCAUCGAUGGGAAAUACCUCAGGAAGCGAUCGGUUAAUGUAGAGAACUCUGAUCCGUUCUUGAUGAGCGUCUAUACGCUUAAGGAGUUGAUCUGGCGCGAAUGGCGAUCUGAUUGGGAACCUCGUCCUUCGUCACCGAGUUCUAUCCGUCUUAUCUCGUUCGGGAAGUUGUUGGAUGAUAAAUCGCCUGUUUCUGAUUCCAAGUUCAGCAAGGAACACCCGAAUGUCGUGCACAUGACCGUCAAACCCCAAGAAGUCGUCGACGAGGAAGAUGCGAAGGGAGCCAAGGCACAAUAUAGCCGAGAGAAUGAGGCCAGUGAGCGCAGUCCUGGAUGUCGCUGCGUCAUCCUAUAG